GAUUGCCAUGAUUUAGGGGAAGGUGAGUCGAAAAGGAGCGGCGUGGACAGUAAAAGACGGCCGUCGGAGCAGGUAGGUGAUACAUCCAUCUUGUCUUGAUACACAUCUUCCAACCAAAGCAAAAUGCCUGUCCCAAGUCGAUGCGCGUAUAUCGCCGUGGUGGUGGCGUUGUUCAUCUGCUUGAUUGCACUCUUCCAGACUGGCACAGUAUCAUCACCUUCAUCAUUACACCUUGACGAUGUCACGGACUUCGUCUCAUCACCAUUCUCAUCAUACAAAGAUGAGGCUCAGAAUAACAGCACACAACAAGCAGCAUCAUCGACAACCUCAGCAUCAGCAGUAGCUUCGUCAACAGUGCCUGCUGUUGUCUCGAACGUCCCAAUCUCAUAUGACAAGACAACGCCUCCUUCGACGGGCUGCGAGGCUGUAGUCAAUGCCGCUCAGCAAAAGCUCAUCUCAGAAUACCAACAACUUCUUAAGGGCAUUCGCUACGUCAACAUCUGGGGUUACCUCGAGACCGAGAACAAGGGCGAUGCCGCCAUCUGGUCGGCUCAACAGAUUUUGCUGAGUAUGAUGGGCAUCGAGACCAUGGAAGCAUGCCGCUUCAUGGACAAGGGCUGCAACAUGACCAAGUUCACCCAAGCACUCGACGACCACAAGCCUAACUCGGCCAUCAUCAUGGCAGGCGGUGGCAACUUCAACGACUACUACUGGGAGGACCAACCGUCAAGAAUCGAGAUGAUCAAGCACUUCACCCAAACGCCCAUCCGCGCCUUCCCUCAGAGCAUCCAUAUGACCCACGACGACCGCAUCAAUCGUACCAAAGCCGCCUUCCUGUCUCACCCCAAUUUGCAACUCGCUGCUCGCGAUGCACCCAGCUAUCAAUGGCUCGAGGAGACCUUCGAAGGCGAGAAAGUAUCGACCGACAUUGCCAUCGCCGACAGCAUUGGCCAAGGAGAAGUCAAGACAGUCCUGACACCCGACAUCGCCUUCAUGUGGGGAUCUCGCCCUGACUUCCGCGUCAACACCCCCAAAGAAUACGACGUUCUGAUCCUCGCCCGCGACGACAAGGAGAUCUCCGCCGGAAACUCAAAGUCCAUCCCCUUCGGUCACGGCAACCUCGACCUCGGCGGUAGCAUCGGCAACGUCAGCUACUGGAAGGUAGACUGGAAAUUCACACCUACUCCUUCGAUUGACGGUGAUCACCGCGAGACUGGCAAGAACCAGCGCGCAUGGGCAAAGGCAACAGAAGGAUUCAGAAUGUUGGGAGCUGCCAACUUUGUCAUCACAGAUCGUCUGCAUGGUCACAUUCUGAGCACCUUGAUUGGCACACCGCAUGUGGUUAUGGACUCGAAGUUGGGCAAGAACAUCAACUACCAUGACACAUGGACCAAGGACUGUGCUUGCACGAGAGUGGCAGAAGACAUCGAUGAGGCACAAGAGUUUGCAAAGAUGUUCUUCGAGAAGGAGAAGGAAGAGGGCAGGUGGAAUGGUGAGUUGGUCCACGGCGCAGAGUCUGAGCAGGAGGCAGAUGGUUCAGAGUAAAACUUCAUUAUACCCAUUUAAUUCUUUAUUCAUUUUUGUUAUUCUUCAACACACAUAUCUCCCUCUUGUCCAUCA